GAAGAAAAAGAGAAUAUUAAAAAAGUGAAUAAUUGAGAGCAGACGUUAUACCUUCCCCAUCCACAUUUCUUGCUAACUACACAACAAACAAUACAUCAAUUCUGCCAGAUAACGUUUUGAGAUUUUGUCUAAAGCUAAAAGAACAAUUUAAAGGUAUUUUUUGUUAAGAUCGAAAACUCUGUUUUGCAGUUUUUGAGUUUUUGAAUCAAAGAUGGGGAGGUUGUUUGUGGUUCAUCUUGAAGGGAAGAUCUAUAGCUGCAAACACUGCAAGACUCAUCUUGCUUUAUAUGAAGACAUCAUCUCCAAGUCUUUUCACUGUAAGCAUGGAAAAGCUUAUCUUUUCAACAAAGUUUCCAAUGUUACAAUUGGAGAAACAGAAGACAGAAUGAUGAUGACAGGAAAACAUACAGUGGCUGACAUUUUCUGUGUCUCAUGUGGAUCAAUAGUUGGUUGGAGAUACGAGACUGCUCAUGAGAAAAGCCAGAAGUACAAAGAAGGAAAGUCAGUUCUUGAAAGAUUUAAGAUAUCGGGUCCUGAUGGAAGCAACUACUGGGUGAGUAGCCAUGGAAGGCAUAUAGGUGGAAGUGAUGCAGAUGAUUCUUGAAGUCAUCUCUCUAUCCUUCUGAUUUGACAUCCAUUGUAAAUGUAAAUUCUUCAACCUCCACUCCAACUUGCUCUUAUAAGACCAACAAAAGAGUUUUCUUCUCUUACCCACAUUAUUAUCUGAAAUAUCCCUCAGUAAAUAAACUCUGAUUCUGUGUAAUGAUCAUGCUUCAUCAUACCUAUGCUUCUUA